AUGAUGGAGGUAUUGAAUCAUCUCUCUGCUCUCCUCCUCCUCUCUCUCCUUCCUCCUUCUCUCUCUCAUGUAGUGGGGAAGUUCAGCGAAGUUAAAGAGUGCAGUGAUUUCUUCCUGGAGGGGACAACUCCAAAUCUCCCGGGUAUUUUGGUUGAUGGGACAGUCCAGGACCAGAACCGCUACAAGCCUAUCUGCCAGUUGUUUAAAUACAUGAAGAAAAGGGAAGUCUACAACACCUACAUGUUUGCAACUCUCUACGACACGAUCAACAAGAUCCCUGUGUUCUCAGCCUUCACCUUCACUGGGGUUGGACCAAGCGAGAGCAGACCAGAUACAUGGAUGAUUGAACCUCAGGUAAUUAAAAAAUAAUAAUCAAAUUCGACAUUUAAUGCCAACGUUGAACAAUAACCUUGAAUAGACCAUUACUACUGUCCUUGUCUAGCAAGAUUGCAUGUCUGUAUCGGAUAGUUUCCAAAAUAAAAAAACUGAAAUACCUUAUUUACAUAAGUAUUCAGACCCUUUGCUAUGAGACUCGAAAUUGAGGUGCAUCCUGUUUCCAUUGAGCAUCCUUGAGAUAUUUCUGCAACUUCAUUGGAGUCCACCUGUGGUAAAUUCAAUCGAUUGGACAUGAUUUGGAAAGCCACACACCUGUCUAUAAAAGGUCCCACAGUUGACAGUGUAUGUCAGAGCAAAAACCAAGCCAUGAGGUCGAAGGAAUUGUCCGUAGAGCUCUGAGACAGGAUUGUGUCGAGGCACAGAUCUGGGGAAGGGUACCAAAACAUUUCUGCAGCAUUGAAGGUCCCCAAGAACACAGUGGCCUCCAUCAUUCUUAAAUGGAGGAAGUUUGGAACCACCAAUACUCUUCCUAGAGCUGGCCUCCCGGCCAAACUGAGCAAUCGGGGGAGAAGGGCCUUGGUCAGGGAGGUGACCAAGAACCCGAUGUUCACGCUGACAGAGCUCCAGAGUUCUUCUGUGGAGAUAGGAGAACCUUCCAGAAGGACAACCAUCUCUGCAGCACUCCACCAAUCAGGCCUCUGUGGUAGUGGUCAGACAGAAGCCACUCCUCAGUAAAAGGCACAUGACAGCCCCCUUGGAGUUUUUAUUUUUAUUUAUUUUCAAUUUUUUUAUUGUCUGCGUCACUUCCAAUCCCCCAUAUGUUGUUUUUUUUGUUCUCGCAAAUAUAUAUACAGCUCUGGAAAAAAUUAAUAGACCACUGCACAUUUUUCUUAAAUCAGCAUCUCUACAUGUAUGAAAGCCAUUCCAUUCCAGUGUCUGUUGAAUUCCAACACAGGCACACCUCAUUCUACUGAAUUAGGUACUGAUUAGGUGAUCACCUGAACCAAAUCUUAUUUAACGAGGAAAAGUAUAAUCACUAUCCUCUUGCAAUAGGACCAGCUGGAUGGCAAAAAAAGUGCUAAUUGUACCUCAAAUGUAAUAUUAAUCAAAAAAUAACUAUUGACCAUGCCAAAAGAGUUGAAAAGGAAAGUUUUGAUUGAGGAAAAGAAGGGUUCAAUUCUGUCUUUACUGGCAGAGGGAUACAGUGAGCAUCAGGUUGCUGCCAUCCUUAAAAUUUCAAAGACGGCGGUUCAUAAGAACAAGGUCAAGCAGCAGACAUUGGGGACAACAAAGCUACAGACCGGCAGAGGGUCGAAAACGACUCUCUACUGACCGGGAUGACCGCCAACUCAUUUGAAUGUCACUCAACAACCGUAAGAUGACAUCAAGUGACCUACAAAAAGAAUGGCAAACGGCAGCUGGCGUGAAGUGCACGGCGAGGACGGUUCGAAACAGGCUCCUAAGGGCAGGGCUGAAGUCGUGCAAAGCUAUAAAAAAGCCCUUCGUCAAUGAGAAGCAAAGAAAAGCCAGGCUGAGGUUUGCAAAAGACCAUAAGGAUUGGACCGUAGAGGACUGGAGUAAGGUCAUCUUCUUCUGAUGAGUCCAAUUUUCAGCUUUGCCCAACACCUGGUCAUCUAAUGGUUAGACGGAGACCUGGAGAGGCCUACAAGCCACAGUGUCUCGCACCCACUGUGAAAUUUGGUGGAGGAUCGGUGAUGAUCUGGGGGUGCUUCAGCAAGGCUGGAAUCGGGCAGAUUUGUCUUUGUGAAGGACGCAUGAAUCAAGCCACGUACAAGGUUGUCCUGGAAGAAAACUUGCUUCCUUUUGCUCUGACAUUGUUCCCCCAACUCUGAGGAUUGGUUUUUCCAGCAGGACAAUGCGCCAUGCCACACAGCCAGGUCAAUCAAGGUGUGGAUGGAGGACCACCAGAUAAAGACCCUGUCAUGGCCAGCCCAAUCUCCAGACCUGAACCCCAUUGAAAACUUCUGGAAUGUGAUCAAGAGGAAGAUGGUUGGUCACAAGCCAUCAAACAAAGCCGAGCUGCUUGAAUUGUUACGCCAGGAGUGGCAUAAAGUCACCCAACAUCAAUGUGAAAGAUGGUGGAGAGCAUGCCAAGAUGCAUGAAAGCUGUGAUUGAAAAUCAGGGUUAUUCCACCAAAUCAUUGAUUUCUGAACUCUUCCUAAGUUAAAACAUAGUGGAAAUCAGGGUUAUUCCACAAAUAUUGUAUUUCUGAACUCUUCCCUAGUUAAAACAUUAGUAUUGUGUUGUUUAAAAAUGGAACAUUAACUUAUUUCUUUGCCUUAUUCGAGGUCUGACAACAACUGCAUAUUUUUUUGUUAGGUUUGACAUGUUGUCACUUUUCUGGCAAAUAAAGCUCCAAUGACAAUAUUUUAUUUGGAAUUUGGGAGAAUGGUUGUCAGUAGUUUAUAAUAAAACAAAAAUGUUAUUUUUACCCAAACACAUACCUAUAAAUAUUAAAACCAGAGAACUGAUAAUUUUGCAGUGGUCUCUUAAUUUUUUCCAGAGCUGUAUAAUACAUAUCUACAUACAUACAUACAUCAUACAGACAUACAUAUCCUUAAAAAAAUAUAUUUCCCUUUAUUACUUUCCAACCCCACCACCCCUUCUCUAAUUGGAGUAAACUAGUUGAAACAACAAUGCUUAGGGCCUCUACUUUCCAGCUUAUACAUACUAUAUACAUUUUAUGGACACAGUCAAUUUUACAAUAAUUCUAUUUUGUUUGUUUUUACUCAUGAACUUCCUCAACCUCUCCGAUCAUUGUUCAUGAUGUCAAUCCGGUUUGCUUCUAUAUGCCAUAUCUUUCUAACUGUGCUCUUUCACAAAAGCUCUCAACCUAUAACCUAUAUACUUAUUAUGGACACAGUAUGCUUACAUUAUUAGUUAUCUUGUUGUUAUUAGUUGUUGUUAGUUGUUAUUAGUCCCAUCCUUCAGCUCCAUUCAACCCCUCCCAUCUAUCUCUUAACACCAUCCAUAUUGGAUUUCUAUUUGCCAUAUAUUUUUCAACUGUACUGUGACGUUUUACAAAAGUUCUGAACCUUUCUAUUCUCAAUGUUUCUACAUAUUGUAAAUUGAAAAGAAACAUUUUUGCUAAAAGUAUUAUUAUAUUAUUGAUCGAUUGACUAUGACUUUUCAGAUCACCCAGUAAUGCUAUCUGCAGGGUUAGCUCCAGGUAAAUAUUGCAAUCCUUUAGCCAUUCCUGGACCUGUGUCCAAAACAAGCUACAAAUGGACAGUACCAAAACAAAUAAUCUAAUGAUUCUGUCUCUUCGCAGCAAAAUCUGCAGAGCUGGGAAGAUUGUAUCCCCCAUAUAAAUAACGUUCUAUUGGUAGCACGAAUUUUAUAUAGUAAUUUCAAUUGAAAAAUGGUACGUUUUGAAUCCGGCGUCGUUUUACGUAUCAGUUCAUAAAUGCUAUGCCAUGGAAUCGGUACGUCAAAAAUCUCUUCCCAACUAUUUUGCAAUCUAUAUAGGACGGCUGUCAAUCUUUUGGUCCUUAAAUGAAACUGUUAUACUUUUUUAUUUAUCACAGUUUUCCUUAACCAAUUAUGUUCUUUAAUGCAAGGCCGACAGACAAGUUCCUUACUUUCUCCUCCUUCCACUUUCCUCUUCCAUUUUUGCGGUAAUGCUGCAAUUAUUUGGUUGUAGUUUUGGGUAGAGCAGACAUUUCCAUAUGUUGUUGUUAGCUGCAUGUGCGACAUAACUCCACCAGUCCUACCGAUGAUAACAUUUACGAAGAUUAUACCUUUUUUAAACAUUUUGUUAAAAAAAAGAGGUUUUUUAUCAAUUAUUUUAUUUGAGUUUAACCACAAUAUUUGUUGCAUUAUUUGUUCUGUCGUUUCUGGAGGAUUAAAUUGAAAUUGCAACCAACUUUUUCUAUGGCUUGUUUUAGAAAUAGUGAUAUUUGGGAGAUGAUUUCCUUUUCAUAUAACUGAAAGUGAGAGGUUGUAAUCUGAAUAAAGGGAAAAAGGCCAUUCUUGAACAUUGGGUGAGACAAUCUUACUAAUUUGCUAGAGAACCAGUUCGGAUUUAAGUAUAACUUUUGUAUGACUGAAGCCUUUAGUGAUAGGUCUAAUGCUUUAAUAUUGAAUCAUUUCUGUCCUCCGAAUUCAUAUUCAUUAUAUAAAUAGGCCUGUUUAAUUUUGUCUGGCUUGCCGUUCCAAAUAAAAUUGAAUAUUUUUUUCUCAUAAUUUAAAAAACUGUUCGCUAGGCGUAGGCAAGACCAUAAGCAAAUAGGUAAACUGGGAUAAUACUAAAGAGUUAAUCAGGGUGAUUUUCCCACAAAUUGACAGGUAUUUACCUUUCCAUGGUAGCAAGAUCUUAUCUAUUUUUUCUAACUUUCUAUUAAAAUGUAUUGGAGUGAGAACAUCUAUUUCAUUUGGGAUAUGUAUUCCGAGUAUAUCCACAUCACCAUCAGACCAUUUUAUUGGUAAACUACAAGGUCAUGUAAAAAUUGUAUUUUUUAGUGAUCCAAUACGUAAUAUAGUACAUUUGUCAUAAUUUGGUUGUAAUCCAGAGAGGUUAGAAAAUGUAUCUAGAUCCUCUAUGAGGCUGUGGAGGGAUUCAAGUUGUGGAUUUAAAAGAUAACAUGCGUACAAUGACACCUUUGUUUUUAAGCCCUGGAUUUCUAAUCCCUUGAUAUUAAUGUUGGAUCUGAUUUUAAUAGCUAACAUGUCGAUGGCCAUAAUAAAUAGUUAUGCCGAUAGUGGACAACCUUGUUUCACUCCUCUUGACAGUUUAAAACUUUCUGAGAAAUAGCCAUUAUUGACAAUUUUACACCUAGGGUUACUAUACAUGAUUUUAACCCAAUUUAUAAGUGAUUCUCCAAAAUUGAAAUGCUCCAGGCAUUUAUAUAUAAACCCCAGUCGUACUUUAUCAAAUGCCUUUUCGAAGUCUGCUAUGAAUAGCAGGCCUGGUUUCCCAGAUUUUUCAUAGUGUUCGAUUGUUUCCAGUACUUGCCUAAUAUUAUCUCCGAUGUAUCGUCCAUGUAAAAAACCUGUCUGAUUAGAAUGAAUAAUGUCCGACAAUACCUUUUUAAUUCUAUGCACUAUACAUUUUGCUAGGAUUUUUGCAUCACAACACUGAAGUGUAAGGUUUUUAAAUGGACUGGAUCUUUAUAUUUUCCACAUGUAUCAUGUUUCAGUAAUUAUGAAAUCCGACCUUCUUCUUGAGUGUCAGAUAAUCUACCAUUUACAUAGGAGUGGUUAAAACAUGCUAAUAACUGUCCUCUGAGUACAUCAAAAAAGGUUUGGUAUACUUCGACUGGUAUGCCAUCCAACCCUGGAGUUUUCCCGGACUUGAAGUCUUUAAUUGCAUCUAGAAGUUCCUCCUCUGUAAUUUCACCUUCACAUGAGUCUUUCUGUAUGGCUGUUAAUUUUACAUUAUCAAUAGAAAAAAAUGUCUACAAUUAGCUUCAGUUAAAGGAGAUGAAGGUGACUGAAACGAAAACAUAUGCUUAAAGUACUUUGUUUCCUCCAUCAAAAUAUAAUUUGGUGAAUCCUGGGUGACUCCGUCAUUUGUAACCAGUUUCAGUAUAUUCUUUUUGGUAGCAUUCCUAUGUUGAAGAUUAAACAAGAAUUUGGUGCAUUUUUCCCCAUAUUCCAUCCAGUUUGCUUUAUUUUUAUAAAAUAUUACACUUGAUCUUUCUUGAAUAAGUUUCUUCAUUUCUUUUUGUUUUUCCUCUAAUUUAUUCUGAGCCUCUAUGUUACAGUUUUUAUUGCUAUCUAUCUGUUCUGUUAGACCUUCUAUUUCCUUUGUUAGUGUGGACUCUUUUCACCUAAAUUGCUUUUGUUUUCGAGAUGAGUACUGAAUUGCAUGGCCUCUAAAGCCCGCUUGGAUUUUGCCAAAAGGCACCUAAAGGACUCUCAGACCAUGAGAAACCAGAUUCUCUGGUCUGAUGAAACCAAGAUUGAACUCUUUGGCCUGAAUGCCAAGCGUCACGUCUAGAGGAAACCUGGCACCAUCCGUACGGUGAAGUUUUUCAGCGGCAGGGACUGGGAGACUAGUCAGGAUCGUGGGAAAGAUGAAUGGAGCAAAGUACAGAGAGAUCCUUGAUGAAAACCUGCUCCAGAGCACUCAGGACCUCAGACUGGGGCGAAGGUUCACCUUCCAACAGGACAACGACCCUAAGCACACAGCCAAGACAACGCAGGAUUGGCUUCAGGACAAGUCUCUGAAUGUUCUUGAGUGGACAAACCAGAGCCUGGACUUGAACCUGAUUUGAAUAUCUCUGGAGAGACCUGAAAAUAGCUGUACAGCGACGCUCCCCAUCCAACCUGACAGAGCUUGAGAGGAUCUGCAGAGAAGAAUGGGAGAAACUCCCCAACUACAGGUGUGCCAAGCUUGUAGCAUCUUACCCAAGAAGACUCAAGGCUGUAAUCGCUGCCAAAGGUGCUUCCACAAAGUACUGAGUAAAGGUUCUGAAUACUUAUGUAAAUGUGAAAUUUCAGUUUUUUUUAUUUUUAAUGUAUUUGCUAACAUUGUGUGUGGAUUGAUAAGGGGGGAAAAAACGAUUUAAUCCAUUUUAGAAUAAGGCUGUAAUGUAACAAUGUGGAAAAAGUCAAUUUCCGAAGGCACUGUUUAGGUCUGAUAUACAGGUCUGAUAUACAGGUCAGUGCAGUGCCUGUAUACAGUAUAACUGCAUUGAAUGAUUUAUGAAUAUUGUUUCUACAGCUGGACGGAGAACCAGACCCAGAUAUGAGUCUGGAGAAUGACGGAGUCACUUAUACACACCAGGCUGUCAAUCAGGACUUCCUCACCUCUGUAAACCCAACAGGGCUGAACAAAGGGCACAUUUUCCCCAAAAGUUACGCACCCCAUCCCGCUAAUCAGAACUCCACUUUUACCCUGACCAACUGUGUUCCUCAGGUAGAGUCAUUUAACGACGGCAGCUGGGGAAGGAUGGAGUGUGAAGUUAGAAAGGUUCUCCUAAGCCAAUGCCGAGAUAAUACCGGUAAGCCCAAGGCCUAUGUGGUGACUGGAGCGGUGCCCAGUAAGAGCAACACACUGAACAACCGAGUGAACAUCCCAUCUCUCCUGUGGACAGCCUACUGCUGUAAAAACAAACAGGGAAAGUGGGUGGCCGGAGCACACUGGGGUGAGAACAAAAAGGAAACGGGGAAAGAAACAUUGCCCUCAAACACCUUGGCAGACCUGUAUAAGAUGCUGAACCAGUAUUAUGGUGAUGUCAAGCACUCCAACGAUGGUGUCAAGGUGUUCCCAGAUGAUUGUCAGAAUGGAAAACAGGAUGAUACAGGGAGGAGCGGAGAAAUGAGCGGAGAGUUAGAGGGGAGCAGAAAGAGGCCAAGAGAAAAAGGGGAUGAGUCAGAGGAAAAUGACUGUGACUGUGACUGUGAUGAAAAGUGA